AUGGAAUAUAUAUUUCUUGUGCUGUAUUUCUCUUUUUUCAUCAGCCUGUGUGCUCUGGUGUGCCUAUAUUUUUCUGGCUGUCAAGAAAUGACUUAUAAGCAUGAAGGAAUGCCUCUGGACCAAACUACAGUCUCUGGGUAUUGA